AUGACAGAUAUAGCAGUCCCCCUACCUCAAGGCGCCGGUUAUGCCGUUGUGGUUGGACUGGGUUUUGUGUUCGCUUUCGGUAUGAUCAUGACCACAUACAUGUUGAAGCGCUACCAAAAAGAGAUUGUGACAGCCGAGGAAUUCGCCACGGCAGGUAGGACAGUGAAGACUGGUCUUAUUGCUGCUGCUGUGGUCUCCAGUUGGACCUGGGCAGCUACUUUGCUACAAUCAACUUCGAUGGUUUAUAAAGUGGGCAUUUCUGGUGGAUACUACUACGGCGCUGGCGCAUGCUUCCAGAUUAUUGCCUUCGCAACGCUGGCCAUCAAAGCCAAGCAGCGUGCUCCAAAUGCUCAUACGUAUCUGGAAAUCAUUAAUGCUCGGUACGGCAAGUACGCACAUAUAACAUACUUGUUCUUUGCAUUGGCUACAAAUAUCUUGGUCACUGCGAUGUUAUUGACUGGUGGAUCUGCUGUGGUCACGGAUUUGACCGGCAUGAACCCGAUCGCCGCCUGUUUCUUGCUUCCAGUUGGUGUCAUUGUCUACACUCUGUUCGGUGGUAUCAAAGCUACAUUUUUAACUGACUAUGUGCACACUGUGGUUAUUAUCGUUAUCAUUCUCACUUUCGCUUUCACUGUGUAUGCGACUGGUAACGAUCUUGGUUCGCCGUCGAAAGUUUAUGACUUAGUGCGAGCUGCAGCUGUCUCGCAUCCGAUUGAGGGCAACGCUGGCGGAGAGUAUUUAACAAUGAGAUCCAGAUCCGGUGGUAUUUUCUUUGUCAUAAACUUGGUUGGCAAUUUCGGAACUGUCUUUUUGGAUAACGGUUACUGGAACAAGGCAAUUUCUGCUUCUCCCGCAGCCAGUUUGCCCGGCUACGCUCUUGGUGGUGUUGCUUGGUUUGCUAUUCCUACUCUUAUCUCGACCGUUAUGGGUCUCGCAUGCCUGGCGCUAGAAUCCAGCCCAAGCUUCCCCACCUUUCCUAAUAGACUAACAUCUGAUCAAGUUUCGGCGGGACUAGUUUUGCCUUCAGCAGCAGUGGCUAUCCUUGGUAAAGGUGGUGCGGUUGCGGCCUUACUGUUAGUUUUCAUGGCAGUCACUUCUGCGAUGUCUGCUGAACUGAUUUCCGUGUCGUCCAUUUUCACUUAUGAUAUUUACCGCCAAUAUAUCAACCCUAAUGCCUCGAGCAAGAAGUUGAUUUUGUCUUCGCAUGCCACUUGCGUUAUUUUUGGAUUUGCGAUGGCAGGCUUCUCUGUUGGUCUUUACGAAGGUCAAGUUAGCAUGGGCUACCUCUACGAACUCAUGGGAAUUAUCAUUUCCGCAGCAGUACUACCAGCUGCCUUGACGCUCUUUUGGAGCAAGCAAAACCUAGUGGCCGUAGUGGUGUCUCCUAUCUUGGGCACUGGCCUUGCCAUUAUGUCAUGGCUAGUUGUUACUAAAAAACAGUUUGGAGAGUUAACGGUCGCAACAACUUUUGAGGAUAAUCCUAUGUUGACAGGUAACGUCGUUGCGCUAUUAUCACCGCUUGUGAUCAUUCCAGUGUUGACGUACGCUUUCAAGCCUCAAAAUUUUAACUGGGAACUGUUGAAAUGCAUCAAGAGAGCUGAGGAAAAUACCGAAAUCGAAGCCGCUGAAGGCGUUGCCAGUGAAAUCCAUGGAAGAGGGGAAUCUUCCGGAUCGGACAAUGUGUCAGAUCAAGAGAAACUUCGGGCUGUUAGAUCAGUAGUUUCAGUUGCCCAAGAUGUGCCCCAGGAGAAAAUCGAUUCUCUGCAAGAGGAGGAGGCCCGUCAAUUGCGCAGGGCCAGUAAAUUCGGUUCAUAUUUGACAAUAUUCUUUGCUUUGGCUUUUCUUGUUGUGUGGCCAAUGCCAAUGUAUGGUUCGAGCUAUGUCUUUAGCAAACGCUUCUUUACAGGCUGGGUUGUGGUGCUCAUCAUUUGGAUUUUCUUCACGGGAUUUGCGGUGUGCAUCUUUCCGUUGUGGGAAGGUAGGGAAGGGCUGUACACGACUUUUAGAGGAAUUUAUUGGGACUUAUCUGGUCAAACAUACAAGCUCAGAGAAUGGCAAAACGACCAUCCGGAAAGAAUGCACGUUGUGCAAUCUCAAAUCAGCGCGCGACUACAUUCAAGACAUAAGUCGGAUGAGCCGAAUAUUGAUGCCAUUGUCGACUAG